UGCUCGACACAUCUUUGUCAGUGAACAAAAUGGCGACCUACUGUCUCACCGUUGCACGGCUCCAGCUUGCCUUGGGCCAGGGUGUGCGGCGCCUGCACGUGUCUGCAGCCUUCAAUGCCAAGGCCAAAGUGUCAAUGAGCCGCUUUGAGCCCAGCAACUACGUCAGCUAUGAGAAGCUCAAUGAGAACGUCAACAUCGUGCGCAAGAGACUCAACCGUCCCCUCACUCUCUCGGAGAAGAUCGUCUACGGCCAUCUGGAUGACCCUGUGGGGCAGGACAUCGCCAGGGGCCGUACGUACCUGCGUCUGCGGCCGGACCGCGUGGCCAUGCAGGAUGCCACGGCCCAGAUGGCCAUGCUGCAGUUCAUUAGCAGCGGCCUACCUCGUGUGGCUGUGCCCUCCACUAUCCACUGUGAUCAUCUGAUCGAGGCCCAGAUCGGAGGAGCCAAGGACCUGGCGAGGGCGAAGGACAUUAAUGCAGAGGUAUAUAACUUCCUGGCCAGUGCUGGAGCCAAGUAUGGAGUGGGCUUCUGGAAACCAGGCUCUGGCAUCAUCCAUCAGAUCAUCCUGGAGAACUAUGCCUACCCAGGGGUGUUGCUGAUUGGCACAGACUCUCACACACCCAAUGGUGGUGGACUGGGCUCCAUCUGCAUUGGAGUGGGAGGGGCUGAUGCUGUUGACGUCAUGGCUGGCAUCCCCUGGGAGCUCAAAUGUCCCAAGGUGAUUGGGGUGAAGCUGACAGGCAAGCUGUCAGGGUGGACGUCCCCCAAGGAUGUGAUCCUGAAGGUGGCUGGGAUUCUGACCGUGAAGGGGGGUACUGGCGCCAUUGUGGAGUACCAUGGACCUGGAGUGGACUCAAUCUCCUGCACAGGAAUGGCCACUAUCUGCAACAUGGGGGCUGAGAUUGGAGCCACCACCUCUGUGUUCCCCUAUAACCACCGCAUGAAGACAUACCUGGAGAAGACUGGCCGUGGAGACAUUGCUGCCCUGGCUGACGAUUAUGCUGACCUGCUGGUUCCUGACACGGGCUGUGAGUAUGACUCGAUCGUCGAGCUCAACCUGGAUGAGCUGAAGCCCCACAUCAAUGGGCCCUUCACCCCUGACCUGGCCCACCCCAUGGCAGACAUUGGGGCCACGGCAGCAAAGAAUGGCUGGCCCCUGGAGGUCAAAGUGGGUCUGAUUGGCAGCUGCACCAACUCCAGUUAUGAGGAUAUGGGCCGCUCUGCCUCCGUGGCCAAACAGGCCCUGGACAAAGGGCUGAAGUGCAAGGCCGCAUUCACCAUCACUCCCGGGUCUGAACAGAUCCGCGCCACCAUCGAGAGAGACGGAUAUUCCAAGAUCCUCGGUGAUGUUGGUGGAAUGGUCCUGGCCAAUGCCUGUGGACCCUGCAUUGGACAGUGGGACAGGCGUGAUGUGAAGAAAGGAGAGAAGAACACUAUCGUCACGUCUUACAACAGGAACUUCACCGCUAGGAACGAUGCCAACCCAGCCACACACGCCUUCGUCGCCUCCCCUGAGAUCGUCACAGCCCUGGCCAUCGCAGGAACCCUGGAUUUCAACCCUGAGGUUGACUACCUCACGGCCGCCAACGGAGAGAAGUUCAAGCUGGAGCCUCCCAACGCAGACGAGCUGCCUAAGUUGGACUUUGACCCCGGUCAGAACACCUACCAGCACCCCCCUGCAGAGGGUGGAUCCAAGCUGAGGGUGGACGUCAGCCCCACCAGCACCCGGCUGCAGCUGCUGGAGCCCUUUGACAAGUGGGCUGGAGGAGAUCUGGAGGACCUGCAAGUCCUCAUCAAGGUGAAGGGGAAGUGCACCACAGACCACAUCAGUGCUGCCGGCCCCUGGCUCAAGUUCCGUGGUCACCUUGACAACAUCUCUAACAACAUGCUGAUUGGAGCAGUCAACAUCGAGAACGACGGCGUCAACAAGAUCAAGAAUCAGCUGACGGGAGAGUACGGCGGUGUUCCUGACGUCGCCCGCCAUUACAAGGCCAACGGUCUGUCAUGGGUGGUUGUGGGAGAUGACAACUACGGUGAGGGAUCCAGCAGAGAGCAUGCCGCCCUGGAGCCCAGACACCUGGGAGGAAGAUGCAUUAUCGUCAAGAGCUUCGCCAGGAUCCACGAGACCAAUCUGAAGAAACAGGGUAUGCUGCCCCUGACCUUCCAGAACCCUGCUGACUAUGACAAGAUCCGACCAGACGACAAGAUCUCCAUCAAAGGACUCGCAACCUUCGCCCCAGGAAAGCCUUUGUAUGCAGUUGUGAAGCACAGUGACGGCACCAAAGAUGACUUCCAGCUGAACCACACCUUCAAUGAGACACAAAUCGAGUGGUUCCAGGCCGGCUCCGCCCUCAACAGGAUGAAGGAGCUCCAGUAGCUGGAGAGGGAGUAGGAGGAAGAGCUACGGAUACAGGGGGAGGGGUGGAGAGGACUGGGGACAUGGGGCAGGCAGAGAUGGGGCAGGUUUGUGUUUAAAGAUAUGGGAUAUGUCUCAAUCUUGAACGGCUUCCUUUCCUCCUCGCCUUAUGUUCGUUACCACUGAUCUGAAAGGUGAAAGUACAUUUAAUAUGAUGAAACUAUCCGCUCCAUUUAACCAAUCAGUGAUAAGUAGGGGAAGGAGCUGAGGAGAGGACCAUAUAAGAGUAUUGAGACAUGGCCGUGGUAAAGAAUAAAAGCCGCACCUUCCGGUCCAGUCCAAUCAUCAACCACUGCAUGUGUCAUCCACUGCCCUGCACUGUAGAGACAAGUCCAACAAAACUUCUCAUAUUUAAGAUACACAUGUCAAACCUCGCAGCACAGACUGCAGGAGUGCAUAGACACAAAGACUGGUACUACUGUACAGUUUAAGGUAGGGUGAGCUGCUGUAGUAGACUGAUAAGUAACAGUCAGGCAUGAAUGUUGGCGCUCAGAUACUGUAUACAAAGGGAGGCAUACUGCUUUUGAGAGACACACACACCAACACUUUCUUCUUUGAGUGGAACGGUAACCUAACACAAUGCCAACUGCAGCUCCUCCAGUUAUCACAGCUGUUCAAACAUUCAGUCCAUCCAAAUUGUAGUCGCUCACCUGGUCUGAGUUGCACCAGUCUAACGCUGUAUCUGGCACAGGCUGCGUGAGAUAUCUGCUUUAGUGAUUGUGUGAUGGAGUGUUUGCUUUGUCCUUUCAGCUCCAUCCACAUACCCAGUAGAUUCUAAAAAAUACAAAGACUAGAAUACACAGCAAAUGGACAUCUGUGUGUCUAUAUAUAAAAAUGAGUGUGUAUGCGUUAACUCUUUGUAACAACCACUCCUCUCCAUCCCACCACUAACACCCCCUGUGCUUUUGGAUCUUACUGAAUAAUACCACACUGGUCAAAGCUUCCAAUAUUUUAAGAGUGAUUGCUUAUGUAUUUUUUUCUUCUAAAAGCUUGGAUGUGCAUUAGUGAAGUUUUGUUUUUGUAUCGUUGUCUCUGGAGAACCGUGUUAGUUGGACUACCAGACUCUUUCGCACUGUCCUGUGUAUUUUUAAGUGCCCUUUCUUUUUGUAGGAUUACGUUAGGGUGCAGAGUUUGUCCUGAUCAGGGAAAAACUCCUGGCCCUUGUGUUUUUAUCGCAGACGUGAACCCCUGUGUCAAAGCUAGAUACUGCUGGACCAGUGGUUCCCAAUCAGUGGUACUCCGGACAGGGAGAAAUUCAGUUGGUGGUACAUUAACAGAAAAAGGUUGGGAACCACUGCGCUAGACAACACUCCCAUUGCUUGGCAGUGCAUGGGAACUCUCUCAAACACACUAGCUAACGCUGCCUAGAAACAUUUCAACAAUAAAAUAAAAAUGGUAUGAAUUUUUCUGUAAUAAAAAAAGUUAUAAACCACAUUAAAACAUUUAAUCCAACAGCAUUCAUGUUGUGACGAAGUGCAGCAUCUUUCCGCGUCUGUUGUGGUGUGUUCUGCUUUGCAAUGGGAGUAAUAAUCACACAAUAACUCCAUUGUAUACAAUCACGCCCCCUCCCCUCAUGUCUGCAGUAUGGAAAGUGUCUGGAUCAUGUAUAUUUAUGUUUUUUCCUUUUUUUCCCCCUUGUAUUUAAUAAAUUAGUGCUAUUCGGUCAGGAUGAGUUUUUAAAUAAACUGACAUUUCAAUGAA